GUGGUUGGGCGGCGGGAGGUGCUGCGGGCCGUGGCGAGGUUGAGGUUGGCCGGUUGCGUGCGCGGCUUUGAGGAGAAUUUUUUUUUUUGCGGGAGAAUAAUCACAAUAUUAAUAAUAAAUAUAAUAAGAAUAUCGGGACGGGACCGGCGGACGGACGACGCCGGGGCGCCGCGGAGCGGGCUCUGCCCCUCCCUCCAUUUUGAACAGGGGUCGUCGUUGCGUAUUCCGCCGCCCCCCUCCUCUACCUUCCCCGGCCGUCUAGGCCUUUCUCCGGGCUGAGGAUCCCGCCUUGACCGCGGCCUUCAGGGGGGCGUCCGGAGUCCUUUCCAAGCCUCACCUCACACCGGGGCCCCCGGCCUGAGAGACUGCGCGACCUCCUGUGCCCACCCCCUCCUCCAGGUCAGACUUGAGUUGAGACUGCACCAUUAUGUCCUCCAUAUUGCCCUUUACACCUCCCGUUGUGAAACGUCUCCUGGGAUGGAAGAAGUCGGCGAGUGGCACCACAGGCGCUGGCGGCGGGGAGCAGAACGGUCAGGAAGAGAAAUGGUGUGAAAAGGCGGUGAAGAGCCUGGUGAAAAAGCUGAAGAAGACGGGACAACUGGACGAGCUCGAGAAGGCGAUCACAACGCAGAACUGCAAUACCAAAUGUGUUACCAUCCCAAGCACUUGCUCUGAAAUUUGGGGACUGAGUACACCAAAUACCAUAGAUCAGUGGGAUACCACAGCCCUUUACAGCUUCUCUGAACAAACCAGGUCUCUAGAUGGCCGCCUUCAAGUGUCUCACCGCAAGGGCUUACCCCAUGUUAUUUACUGUCGUCUUUGGCGCUGGCCCGAUCUCCAUAGUCAUCACGAACUGAAGGCGAUUGAAAAUUGUGAAUAUGCUUUUAAUCUUAAGAAGGAUGAAGUUUGUGUCAACCCUUAUCACUAUCAGAGGGUGGAGACGCCAGUUUUACCGCCUGUUCUGGUGCCGCGGCACACGGAGAUAUUAACAGAACUUCCUCCGCUCGAUGACUACACGCAUUCCAUUCCGGAGAACACUAACUUUCCAGCAGGAAUUGAGCCCCAGAGCAACUAUAUACCUGAAACUCCACCUCCGGGAUACAUUAGUGAAGAUGGCGAGACUAGCGAUCAGCAACUUAACCAAAGCAUGGACACAGGCUCUCCAGCUGAACUUUCUCCUAGUACACUUUCUCCAGUCAAUCAUAACCUGGACUUGCAACCCGUCACUUACUCUGAACCGGCUUUCUGGUGCUCCAUAGCUUAUUAUGAGCUGAACCAGCGAGUGGGGGAAACCUUUCAUGCAUCACAACCUUCGCUCACAGUUGACGGCUUCACAGAUCCAUCAAAUUCUGAGAGAUUCUGUUUAGGUUUGCUGUCCAAUGUGAACCGGAACGCCACGGUGGAAAUGACUCGGCGCCAUAUAGGAAGAGGAGUGCGGUUGUAUUACAUCGGGGGCGAAGUAUUUGCAGAGUGCCUAAGUGAUAGUGCUAUAUUUGUCCAGAGUCCUAAUUGUAACCAGCGGUAUGGGUGGCAUCCAGCGACGGUGUGUAAGAUUCCACCAGGCUGCAACCUGAAGAUUUUCAAUAACCAAGAAUUUGCUGCCCUCCUUGCUCAGUCUGUGAACCAGGGCUUCGAAGCAGUUUACCAAUUAACCAGAAUGUGCACCAUCAGAAUGAGCUUUGUAAAGGGCUGGGGUGCUGAAUACAGGCGGCAGACAGUCACAAGCACUCCCUGCUGGAUUGAGCUUCACCUGAAUGGACCUUUGCAAUGGUUGGACAAAGUGUUGACUCAGAUGGGUUCUCCUUCAGUCCGUUGCUCCAGCAUGUCCUAAUGGGGACUCCUCCGAUUUUUCAUAUUUUUUUCCUCCCUUCUUUUUCUUUUCUUUUUUAUCCAUACAACCUACGGGCUUAACCCCCGAAGUCCUGACAACAGACUUUAAUUACAGCUCGUCUGUCGUAGUAUUUGUGUAUGGUCCCCAUGAACUGUUUACAAUCAUAAUACCAAGAAGCAGCACUUGAGGUCCCAUCAGCUUUGAAAGCACCUUGUUCUCCGGACAUCCCAUAGAAGAAAGUGCAGUGUGAAGUCACUCCUUACCGGGAAAUCUAGAUUUUUAAAAGGACGUUUAAUGUAUUAUUGGGCAUAUAUCGGAAGUGUCCGAACGGUUUAACAAUAACAUGAUUAGCCCCUUGCCUGUUUGUCUUGUAUAGUUAACCUGUUUUGCUGUUAUCCCAGAUAGGGUUUGUCUGCUUUCUUAUUUUAGUUGUUUCCAAAAAAUCCAGACCUGGCUUAAGUUUCCAAUUUAUCUUCUGCUGAGCUUAUCUGUCUUUAUUAUUAUUUUUUUUGCCUAUUUUAUAAGUUGCCCUAGUCAUGUUGCAUCCGCUUGCUCUCCUCAUUUCAUUUCGUCUUCUUGCUGCGGCCACAUAGACCUAGAAUUAUAUCUUUCACAGCUUUGGACGACGAUCAGCAACAAUUUUUUUAUUUUUUUUUUGGAAAAGGUUUGCAGCUUUUCCCCCAAUUUUGAUUUUAACAUUUCCACAGCGCAGACCGAUCAGAUGGUGGAAAUAAAGGAAGACUUCAUAUUUUUGUUUUGUUUUUAAGUGCAUGUUAUUUUGAACCCUUGGACACUACAUUUUGCACCCUACUUUUUAGAAUUGUGCUAUGGACAUGCAAGGUUAGGGCCGGGUGGGGGUCAAAGGUUGUGUAGUAAAGGGUACUCAGAAUUAAGUGUACAUCUUAUUAACAUACAGUACUUGUUCUGUAGCUGUCUGUCAUCCUUUUAUAAACGUGACGGUGUCAGACUUGCCUUUCUUCUUUCUCUCUCGUUAUCACCUCGGACUGUAUCAGUGACACUAGCGUACUUUGUGAGUACCUCUAGUGGAAAUUAUCGGGUUUUCAGAACAAACUAGCGGCCAGUGUUACUCAGGCUUUCUCUCUAGGCUGAUUCGUGGGCAGUGAUGGCUCAUGGAGGGCUUGUAUACUGGCCCCACUCUCAGUAGGUCACGAUUCGAGGGUUCUUUCUACAGACUACGGCUUGGACGCCAGCCCAGAACGCCUUGCGUCCGGAUAGGGGACUUCUGAUAAGAUGCCCUGUUAUGGGGUACUCGAGUACCCCGACCUAAGAAUCCCCCUUGCUGUUCUGCAUAUGUUGCAGUCCCAAAACCAAAAAGAUCUCGCACUGAUGUUAAGCAGAAAGCCAAACCAUUGAACCGUAACUGGCAAAGCAUUUAACAUUUGUGAACUAGUUUUACCAGUAGAUUGGUGUAUUGGUAGAACUUGUGAACUUGACGUAAGCUUUGUGCGUGUUGCAUUUGCCGAGUAUGUGAAUACACUAAUAAAAAGGAUAAAUUCUCA